AUGUUAGUGUUGGUUAGUGGAAUUGUGUGUUGAUAAAAUGGCCCCUAGAAGAAGUGUCCGAUCUGUGAAAAGUGUAAAUAAUGUAAACUACUCGAAUAUAACGUUAGGUGAUGUACUUUGUCCAAUAUGCAGAUGUAUUUUAAUACAACCAGUUACAUUACCGUGUAGUCAUGACUAUUGUUUACCGUGUUUCGAAGGCACCUUGGCCAAUGCGAAUCUCACUUGUCCUUUAUGUAGAAUACGUUUCGGUUCCUGGCACAGAAUUGCCAAAAAGGAUAACAAAAUUGUUAACGAAAAACUCUGGGAUGUUCUUCAGCAGAAGUUUGCCGAUCACGUUCAGAACCGUUUACGUGGGGUUGAGGAAAACCUAGAGGAAGAUGCUCCGAUACAUCUUACAACACCAGGUGAGAUUAGGAAAGAAUAUGAAGCACAAAAGAGACAACAACAGCUGGAAAUGCAAAAAACUAAAGAGAUUCAAGAGAAGGCUAGUGUGGAUCUUAUAAUGAAACUCAAAGAGCAGGAAGAACAUGAAGAGAACUCAAGAAAAGAAAAACUUAGAUUAGAUGAGCAGGUAGCAAGACAAAUUGCAAAAGAUAUGGGUUUUGUUGCAGAAACAUCCUCCAAAAGUGAGGAUAUUAAGAAGAGGCUACGUCCAUUAGAUAAGUUUAUUAAAAAAGGAUCUGACUCGGACAAAAAUUCAGUGGCACCAACAGUUUUAAAGAACAUUUUCUCAACAAAAGUCACUUCCAUCAAACAGAAGAUGAAUUUCACUGUUGAAGUUUCAGACAGUAAUGACUCAAUUGAAAAUGAAUGCAAAUACUUUAAACCUAUUGAUCAUAGAAACAUUCCCCCAUCGCAAUUUGUUACAAUUGUUAAAGUGCCAGCUCGUUUUGAGAAAACAAAUCCAGGACCUAUUAAAGCACCAAGUGGCAAUAGUUUAUUAGCAUUUGGUUGCAAUGGUUCAGCAUUUGCAAGGUUUGAAACUGUAUCUCCAAUUCUUCCACCAACAAUAACAAGUCCAAAUAUGCGUCUCAGAAAGAGGAAGCGGAUAGCGGAGCCGGAAAAACCAAGCAAAGCAUUGAAGAUUCCUAAAGUUGCGCAACAUGCGCCCAAACGUAGGCCGAGUAUUAAAGACUUGUGUUGUAAAGUGGAACCGCCUAAAAGAACUAAAAUGACAUUAAGGGAUCGGAAAAUAUCCGGAUCACCGUUUCGUGGAUUCGAUGCCAGCGAGAUGAAUUUGAAUGGCCUGAAGAGUACGGAGACGAAGGAGGUGCAGAUGAAGAAGGAUUUGGAGUAUGCGAAGAAAUUACAGGAACAAUUUAAUAAGGAAAGGUAUUCGACGCGCAGCAGUAUUACUUGCGGUAAUAAUAUCAGGAAGCAAAGGCAACUUACAAUUACUGAGAUCAUGAGCACAUCAAAAUGCAAGUAAUAGAUGAAGUCUUUCCAAUCAGCAAUUAGAACUUGGGGAAAAAUUAAUACCUGUGUGUCAUUGCUGUUUUUAUUUUUGGGAUACAAAUGUGAAUCGACUACAAUAUAUUGUACAUGAUUGUAAGUACCUUUGGUUAUUUUUAUCUGGAUAAAUUGAACUAUAUAUAUAUAUAUAAAAUGAACUGCGAUAACAAACAUAAUUUAAUACCUCAAUGUAUGUUUCAUUCAAUUGCAAUUAGUUUUUUGGCGAGAUCUAUUUAUUAAAAUUAUGCAAUUGAUAAGAGACUUCGUACUAAGUGGAAGUAACAUUCAAUGAUUAGAUUGCUACUUUAAAAUUUAUUAUGUAUAUACGUUUGAUUACCUAAAGUAAUAUUUGAUUUAAUGUAAGAAAACUCUCGGAGGGGGGGUUGUGUAAACUAAUAACUUUUCUGUCUCAAAAUCCAUCGAAUUGUCGAUAUUCAUAUAAUGGUUCAAUAAUUCAAAUUUGUGAUAAAACACUAAUAU